GCAAACCUCUUACUCUCUUUGCACGCCCGGCUGUUUUAUUGAUGGAUUGUGCGCCCAAAUGUAUUCUUUUGUCAACCGACAAAAUGGCAUGCUCAAUAUCGCCUGUCGAAGCCGAGGACGUGGAUUUGCUCGUGCGAAAAGUCGAAUUUCCUGCACAUCAAGACAACCUACUCUAUAGCUUGAUGUUCCCGCGCUCAAAGGAGCGACAGUGGGAGCAGAGAGAAGACGAAAUCAGAUGGACGAUUGAUGGGCUCCUUGAGACAGUUCAUCAAGGGGGCGAAGUUUUGUACAAGGCGUGCAGAGAAGAUGGAUCACCUGUCGGACUGAUAGGCUGGACUGCUAAUCCAGGAGCAUUUGCAAUGGGAGUUAACACUCGCGAUUGCAUUCACAGUGGGCCAGUAGUUAGGCCUGGAGGAGGGCAAGGGGCAAAGUUGAAAAACCAGAACAGCUUUAACCCUCCCUCUUUGGAUGUAACUUCGUGGCUUAGUAUCUCAGAAAGGCUCAGAGAAGAGAGGCAAAGAGUUCUUCAGGGUUACCAAGGCAAUGGAAUAUGCCGAAUCACUUUCAUGGCUGUGGAUCCAAAUCAUCAACGUCAAGGUAUUGGGUCUAUGCUCAUGAAGAUUUUCUGUGAUUAUGUUGAUAAAAACGCACUGGGCGCCUUUGUUUUGUCCUCCCCUGCUGGUAUUCCACUAUACUCCAAGUUCGGAUUCAAAGCAGCUGGUGUUGUUGAAACAAAGCAGGGAAACUUUACUAGCAUGCUAAGGACUUUUAUUCAAGGUAGCAAAUCUUGACAACACAGUUGCAAUAUUCAAAAGGAUC